AUGGUGUUAAAUAGGUUUAUGGAACCAGACUGUGUAUUUUCAAGGCUAUCAACUCAUACUACUGGCAUACUGGAUUUCAACUGUUAUUGUGUGGAAACAUUGAUAUUGGUAAUUGAAGUUAAGAGGAAGCAUAUUUUAGAAGGUAUCAAAGAACAGGCUUUUCCUGAGUUUUAUCAAGCAAGUGAAAAGGCAAGAAUGGUGAUUCAACAAAUUUACAACUAUAUGGGAGAAAAUAAACUUAGAUAUGGUAUCCUUACCACUUAUGAUAAUCACUGGUUUCUAUGCCAAGAGCAUACAGAGCUUUGGGUUUCAAAAACUCUUCCAUUAGAACCAAAAUCUCCACCAGUACUCAAGGCAUAUGCUUAUCUAACUCAACAGGCAAAAGAGAAUCCUAAUUCCCCUCAUCCACUUCAGGUACCAGUACAAGCUCAUGGGAAUAAUAAUUCAUAUGUUCUUCAAUCACAGUUAAAAUUAUCUUCUAACCAAUCAGCAAAUCAACAAACAACUCCCAGCACAUUGUUUCAUGGUGAUACAAUUGUUUUGAAGAGUGUAGACUUAUCAAAAGCCCCACCAUAUGUUUUGGAAGAAAUGCAGAAAGAAGUAGAGAUUUAUAAAGACCUUGCUGAUAUCCAAGGCAAGUAUAUCCCAAAGUUGGUGUGCUAUGGAUAUUAUGGAGGAGGUAUGAGUUUUGUUAUUGGCAUGACCAUUGUUGGUACUAUGUUGUUUUAG